GUCAGUUUGCAGAAGUAGCUCUGCCCUGUCUCCCUCCAGUGUCUCGGAAACUCCACUCAGUUAAAAAACAAAACUGAGGGAAAUAGAUGGACUCCGCUUUGCCUGCUGCCGCCUUCCUGGACCCCGCGGAGGGAAUGAAAUGACUUGUUCGUCACAUGCAAAGUGGACUAAAACAUGCACACGAUGAACACCUGCGCCUUUCUGCUGAUUUUAAGUGUCCAGAUCUACGCCGAUGGCAUCGAGGGGCCAACAGCUGCUGGCUGCACGUUUGAAGAGGACUCGGAUCCUAAUCUGUGUGACUUCACCCAAGGGGAGGAUGAUGACUUUGACUGGAUGUUGUUUCGGACAUACAGCUCUCCUUCGGCCAGCAGCGACCUCCUGAGGGGGUCCUACAUGUUGGUGAACUCUUCCCAGCAUGCUGCAGGUCAUCGUGCUCAGCUGCUGCUGCAGACGCUGAGCGAAAACGACACACAUUGUGUCCAGUUCAGCUAUUUCCUGUACAGUCGUGAUGGCCACAGUCCCGGGGCCCUGCGAGUGUAUGUGCGGGUGAACGGCGGUCCACUUGGGAGUCCGGUGUGGAACACCUCGGGGACUCACGGCAAACAGUGGCACCAGGUUGAGUUGGCAGUCAGCACCUUCUGGCCGAGUGAAUACCAGGUGCUGAUUGAGGCAACCGUUUCCAGGGAGCGGCGAGGUUACAUUGCCUUAGAUGACAUCAUGGUGCUCAACUACCCCUGCUAUAAGGCCCCACACUUCUCCAGGCUGGGAGACGAGGAGGUAAACGCUGGCCAAAAUGCCACUUUCCAGUGCGUUGCAGCUGGAAGGGCCUCUGAGGCGGAGAAGUUCCUACUGGAGAGACACAAUGGCGACAUUUUAACUGCAGCCUCAGUCAAGCACUUGAGUCAUCGGCGCUUUGUGGUGUCCUUCCAGCUAGAUAGUGUUCAGCGCUCAGAUCAAGACUUGUACCGUUGUGUCACUCAGUCAUCCAGGAGCUCCGGGGUGUCCAACUUUGCUCAGCUUUUUGUGAAAGUACCUCCAUCCCCCAUCGCGCCGCCUCAGCUGCUGCGCGCCGGCUCCACUUACCUCAGCAUCCAGCUCAACACUAACUCUAUCCUGGGAGAUGGCCCCAUUAUCAGGAAGGAGAUUGAGUACCGGGCUAGUCAGUCCCCAUGGUCAGAGGUGCAUGGAGUAAACACGGUCACCUAUAAACUGUGGCACCUGGAUCCGGACACUGAGUACCACAUCAGCGUGCUGCUAACUCGACCUGGUGAGGGUGGAACCGGCCCCCCUGGACCUCCGCUUGUCAGCAGAACCAAGUGUGCAGAGCCCAUGCGUCCGCUGCGAGGCCUCGUCGCCACAGAUAUCCAGUCCAGACAACUGUCCCUGCAGUGGGAGAAUCUGGCGUUCAACCUGACACGCUGCCAUACCUACUCAGUGUCCCUGUGCUACCGCUACACCAUGGCAGGAGGCGGCGGAGGCCACAACACCACUGUACGCGAGUGCCUGGCAGUGGAGCACAAUGCCUCACGCUUCACACUUCGUGAUCUGCCGCCGUACCACAGCGUUCACGUACGUCUGUCACUGGCAAACCCAGAGGGGAAGAAGGAGAGCAGAGAGGUCAGCUUUCAGACUGAGGAGGACAUUCCCGGAGGCAUAGCGCCAGAGACGCUCACCUUCACCCCUCUGGAUGACAUGAUCUUCCUGAAGUGGGAGGAGCCACUUGAGCCCAACGGCCUAAUUACGCAGUAUGAGAUCAGCUACCAGAGCAUUGAGUCAUCUGAUCCAGGCAUAAACGUCCCAGGACCCAAAAGAACCGUGUCUAAGCUCAAGAAUGAGACGUACCAUAUGUUCUCCAACCUCCACCCUGGAACGACUUACCUGAUCUUUGUUCGAGCACGAACGGCUAAGGGCUUUGGCCAGACUGCCCUCACUGAAAUUACCACCAACAUCUCAGCUCCUACAUUUGAUUAUGGAGACAUGCCAUCACCUCUGAGUGAGACAGAUCAUACCAUUACUGUGGUGCUGCGCCCUGCGCGGGGCAGAGGAGCACCGGUCAGCACAUACCAGGUGGUGGUUGAAGAGGAAACUGUGAAGAAAGUGAAGAGAGAGUUGGGCUUUCAGGAGUGCUUCCCGUUGCCCAUGUCUCAUGGUGAGGCUCAGGCGCGAGGUACACCGCACUACUACACAGCCGAGCUGCCACCCAGCAGCCUGCCAGAGGCCUUCACUGUCGGAGACAACCACACAUACAAUGGCUACUGGAACACCCCACUGGACCCGCGCAAAAGCUAUCUGGUCUAUUUCCAGGCAAUGAGCAACUUCAAAGGGGAAUCCAGAAUUAACUGCAUCCGCAUCGCUCGCAAAGCCGCCUGUAAGGAUCACCAGAGAGCUCUGGAGGUGUCUCAGCACUCUGAAGAGAUGGGGCUGAUCCUCGGCGUGUGCGCUGGAGGCCUGGUGAUCUUGAUCCUCCUGCUCGGCGCUGUUAUUAUCAUCAUUAAAAAAGGAAGGGACCACUACUCUUAUUAUCCGAAACCUGUAAACAAGACUCCUAUUACGUACCGGCAGGAGAAGAGCCACAUGAGCUCCUUGGAGCGCAGUUUCACAGACCAGAGCACCCUGCAGGAGGAUGAAAGAAUGGCUCUGUCCUUCAUGGACGCACAUACAUGCGGAACGAGAAGUGAUGCUCGCAGUUCGGUGAACGAGGCCAGCAGCCUGCUAGGGGGCUCCCCGAGGCACCAGUGUGGACGUAAAGGCUCCCCCUACCACACGGGACAGCUCCAUCCUGCAGUACGGGUGGCCGACCUCCUCCAGCACAUCAACCAGAUGAAGACUGCCGAGGGCUACGGCUUUAAACAGGAAUAUGAGAGCUUCUUUGAUGGCUGGGACUGUACCAAAAAGAAGGACAAAACCAAAGGGAGGCAUGACACCUUGCUGGGAUACGAUCGGCACAGAGUGAAGCUCCACCCUCUCCUGGGAGAUCCAAACUCGGACUACAUCAACGCUAACUACAUUGAUAUUCGGAUUAACAGGGAAGGCUACCAUCGAUCCAACCACUUCAUCGCCACUCAGGGACCAAAGCAGGAGACGCUGUACGAUUUCUGGAGGAUGGUGUGGCAGGAAAACUGCUUCAGCAUCGUCAUGAUCACUAAGCUGGUGGAGGUUGGCAGGGUGAAGUGCUGUAAAUACUGGCCUGAUGACAGCGAGAUGUAUGGGGACAUCAAAAUCACUCUCCUGAAGACAGAAACUCUGGCUGAGUACACAGUUCGCACCUUUGCCUUGGAGCGGAGAGGAUACUCAACCAAGCAUGAGGUCCGUCAGUUCCACUUUACAUCCUGGCCUGAACAUGGCGUGCCCUAUCAUGCCACUGGACUGUUGGCUUUUAUACGCAGGGUGAAAGCCUCCACGCCUCCUGAUGCUGGCCCCGUGGUGGUCCACUGCAGCGCGGGGGCAGGACGCACCGGCUGUUACAUUGUGCUGGAUGUCAUGUUGGACAUGGCCGAGUGUGAAGGUGUGGUGGAUAUCUACAACUGUGUGAAAACCCUCUGCUCGCGACGCAUCAACAUGAUCCAGACAGAGGAGCAGUAUAUUUUUAUCCAUGAUGCCAUUUUAGAGGCCUGUCUGUGUGGAGAGACGGCCAUCUUGGUGAACGAGUUUGCGGUUACAUACAAAGAGAUGCUGCGGGUGGAUUCUCAGAGCAACUCCUCUCCGCUGAGGGAGGAGUUUCAGACACUGAACUCUGUGACCCCCCACCUGGACGUGGAGGAGUGCAGCAUCGCUCUGUUGCCCAGAAACCGAGAGAAGAACCGCAGCAUGGACGUCCUGCCGCCGGAUCGCGCCCUGGCCUUCUUGGUCACCACAGAGGGGGAGAGUAACAAUUACAUCAAUGCAGCUCUUGCUGACAGCUUCCAUCGGCAGGCUGCCUUCAUUGUGACCCCUCACCCUUUGCCGGGCACCACAGCGGAUUUUUGGAGGCUGGUUUUCGAUUACGGGUGCACAGCAGUCGUCAUGCUCAACCAGCUCAACCAGUCGAAUUCCGCCUGGCCAUGUGUGCAGUACUGGCCCGAGCCCGGUUUACAGCAGUACGGACCCAUGGAAGUGGAGUUCCUAUCCAUGUCGGCGGAUGAGGAUGUCAUUACCCGUCUGUUUCGGGUCAAGAACGUCACAAGGCUCCAGGAGGGCCAGCUGGUGGUGUGUCAGUUCCAGUUCCUGCGCUGGUCAGCGUAUCGCGACGUUCCUGACUCCAAGAAGGCUUUCCUGAACCUGCUGGCUCAAGUGCACAAGUGGCAGAGGGAGUGUGGAGAAGGACGCACCGUUGUGCACUGCCUCAAUGGUGGUGGUCGUAGUGGGACCUUCUGUGCCUGCAACAUCCUCCUGGAGAUGAUCCAGUACCAGAACAUGGUGGACGUCUUUUAUUCUGUCAAAACUCUACGCAACUGCAAACCCAACAUGGUGGAGUCCCUGGACCAGUAUCGAUUCUGCUAUGACCUUGUCCUGGAGUACUUGGACUGCUUUGAAGACAGAUAGCAGCUAAAUGUUUACGACAGCGCCAGCAGUUUCCCACUGCGCUGAGGAUGUGCUUUGGGGCCAACCUGUGACCUCCCCUCUUCUUUAAAGUUUGGACCUGUAGACUCGGCUUUGAACUAACCGAGAAGGAAAGCUAAAAAAAAAAAAAAAAAAAAAAAAAAGAAAGGUUCAAACAUUUAACCUUUAAUGUAAAGUUGUUAUUUCCUCCUUGUUGGUGAUGUUUAUCUCUUUUGAUAUUUUUUUUUGUUUCACUGGUCCACUUUGCCUCUUGAACUGAACCUCUUGUGCUAAAACAACAUCCAGACCCUACGCUAAGGAAGGCUCGCCGUGGCUAUGCUUCAUCAUUUCAUCUAAACAGGAAGGAAACUGGAUGGUUAUUCCAAAGCUGCAGCUGAGUUACCCAAACUUGGGUAAAUUAUUUUUUUCACUCUGCAACAACAAUCCAUUGUGAUUGUGGCAUGACUUAUGUACAAUACCAUGAACUGCCUUAUUGUAUAAUGGUUAAAAAAUUGUUUUGUUCAAAUCUACAGAUCAAUUAAAAAAAUAUUAUCCUGCUGGAGGAAACCUUAUUCAGAACUGGAACUGAGAGUCAGAAUUCAGCAGUAUUGAGACAGUAACUGUAUAGUAUUGCAGUGUGAUGUGUUUUGCCAUUACGUGCGUGCUGGGUUACCAUGUUGCUGUAGCCGGGCAUCUCCAGGCAGCGCAGCAGGAGUUCUGGUGACACAACGAGAUUCAUGUCUCAUUACUCUCACAGUGCCAAUCCCACUGACUGACUUGAAUCCUUUUGCUUCGUUUCUUCUGCUACAUCCUGAUGUAUGUCAGUAAGCAUACAGUACGAACUGCAUCGUCAAAGUGAUUGUUUGUAUUUUAAAAGAAGAAGGAUCAGUGGGAAACUGUGCUCAGCUGCCAUACUGCUGAUGUGAAAACUGAUGUUCUCAUUAAUACUGUGGUGAUGUGUCUUACCAGUGCAGUGUUAACAGAUUUCACUAUUUUGUUGUCUGAAGCAUUUGGUUAGUCUGUAAACUAUCAAAACGAACUAAAUCAGUUUCAAUUGGAGCAUUUCAGAAGUGGGAUUUUGAGAAUUUUUUGCAUUGAAAUGAGUUGUCAUUAGUGGUGUAAAUUGAAUAUGUCCUGUAUAAUAAAAAAGGUGCAUUAAGAUUGUGCAGAGAGAAAACACACACAUCCUGCACCAGUACUUGUUACUGAGCCUACUAGCAGAUUCACAUCCUAUUUUUGGUAAGAAUAUUGUAUAGUAUAGAGCAGGAAUAAUAAUAUCUGGCCUGAGCAGCUGAUGUAUGAUUACCACCUGCCAGAUUUUAAAAAAAUCUUUCCUACAGGUCGGUGUUGCUGACUACUGGAUCUGUUUGUGCCUGGUACAGGUUGAAAUAUGGGAGGCACCUAAUGAGCUGAGCCAAUGUUAGGAAAUUCAGAAUUAGAGAGAGAAAAAAAUCUGAUUUAUUCUAGUCAUGGGCUGGUUUCCUGUUUAAUUUAUCACACAGGUUGUUGUUUUAUUUCAUAUGAAAAACAAGAAGAAAAAGUUUCUACACAGCCUUAAAAUGUCAGGAUAAAUAUGUCAUUUGCUUUAAUCCCUUUUCAGGUUUUAAUAAGUACAGAAUUAAUUUGAUGUUUCAAUUUCUAAAGGACAGACAUCAGAUAAUUCUUAAGUGCUGUAGAUUUUACAUCUUAUUAGGAUGCCAUUUGUUUUUAAUUCACCAGGUCAUAGCUUCAUUUUUAGCAAUUUACUCAGCGUUAUUUCGAGUUUUAACUGAACCUAUGGUUUCCGAAUAGAGCCUGGUUAAAAUGCCAAAGAAUAAAAAAACCACAUGAUGAACAAAUGAUGAAGCAACAAUGAAGCAUUUUAAAAAUGAGAAAAGAUGAUUUAUAUGACUAAAAUCUAGUUUUGAAAAAAUCUCUGUUCAGUGUAGAAAUAAACAUCAGGUUCGAUUCGAAGAGAUAAUGUAGCAAGAUCUUGUUACAUUUACUUGUUGCAGCUACUACCUUAAUCAAUUACUUAUCACUCUGUCUUGCCAGAAAGCAUCUAUUAAUACUCAUGAUAAAAAAUCCUAAAAAUCCUAGUUUGAAUUUAUGCAUGGCUGGAACAAAACACCCCAUACGAGGGACCAGGUAUUCGUACUUGACAGACAAAAAAAGAAAUUAAAAUGAUAGGUUGAAGAAAUUUAAAGCCCUGCACCGUUUUAAAUAACUUUGUAACACAUCAUUUUUAAGCUGAUUUAAAAUUUGAGGUUGAUUUGAAGGACCAGUACCUACCAGGACACUUGUGUUCUUUAUGUCUAUACACCAAAAUAAAUUAAUCAAAAUAUUACUAUGCAUAUACAGGUGGAGCUAUAAUGACCAUGUCUGUCAUGGUUUAGCUACAAGCCCAAGAAAAACAAUUAUACAUUUUUAACUUCAUCGUAAGCUACAAAGGCAUAUUUUCUCAGGCUAAUCAUCGUCAAUUUCAAACCAACCCAUGCCUAAUAAAUUAUUUACCUUUUUUUCAACAACCUCUGAAUAUAUAGUACUUUCUAUUAUCACCACUUUAAACACGUUAUGCUCAACCAUCUAUCCUGAGGCUCCUGCUGAAGAGGUCUGCAGGUGGGCGGUGAAGGCUUCAGGACUUACCUUGAUAAACAUGGAGACAGUCAGAUGCCCACUGAAGCUGAAAAAUGGCAGCUACAGGCAAACUCUUGAUAGUUUGCAGCUCCCAGUCCACUUCAUUUCAAGCAAUGGACUGUGUGAGGAGGAAUUGUUCACACACACACAUUUAAAGCAGCUUGAGUUUUGAUGGGAAGCUAAAGAGCAAUGGUCAAUGAUCUGGCUCCAGGUUUGCUGGAGAAAGUGCCUGGACACUUUUUUCCUUGAAAGUGGAAGGAAUGUGUACAUACAGAUGUAUAUUGUUCUGUGAAUACUAUAUGAAUAAUAUGUUAUAUGUCUGCUCUACGUAAAGACGUUCAGUAAGUAACCACUGCAUAGCCAUAAAGCUGAAUGUGCUGUAAAUGACUUUGUGAUCAUUUUUUUUCAUGUUGUUAGACAUCAAACUUUGAGUGUUGAUCGCUGCACUCAUCAAAGCACGUAUGAAUUAUUCUGCUUUGCAUUUCAUUUUAUUGAUUUCAGCUUAUGUUGCUCUGCAUAUGAGUUAUUUUACCCACCGUGUGUGUGCGUGUGUGUGUAUUGUACUUAAACCAUUCCUAAGCUCUCUGGUUAUGGCUGCGACUGCCAGCACGGCAUCACUGAAUUCCCAUGUUUUUAUCUGUAAGAAGCAUACAUGACUACUGUGUUUUUGACCAUUGUAUUUGUGGAGAAAAUUGGUUUAUUUAAGGGGAACAAUAGUGGGGGAACAGAUGUAUAUCAGAGUCAUAAAAGAGUUUCCUGUGAUGGAUAAUGAUCAACAAUAAAAGAGCAAAGGGGGGAAAAAGAUACUUGGCUGUCAGUUGAUCUGUUUAAAAUGUACACAGCUUACAAAAUAAACUUAUUCUGGUUUUUA